AUGGACCCGCUGCCCGCACGGCUGAAGCCCUGGGCCGGCGGCAAGGAGCCCCUGCCAGGCCUGCAGCAACUCCGGGAAGCCCACCACAUCGAGGACAGCCCCAUGCACCUGAGCCACGGCGCCCCCGGCCAGACGCUCGCAACCCAGCAGGCCCUCCCCACCCGGGGGCUCAUCAAUGCACCGCCAUCCACUGUUCCCGCUGCCGGCAGUCAGGACGGCCGAAUGGCCUCGUCAGCCCCGCAGCUCCAGGGAAUGCUGGCCGGGCAUGGCCCGAACUCCGCACCACCUGCCGCCAGCUCCGGCUACGUUGCCCUCAACUCGGGCCUCACUUCCCUGUCCCUGCUCAACAACGGGCAGUCCGUCUACCCUAUGGGCAUGAACGGCUACACGAUGCCCCUCAAGGCGCUGAGGCCAGGGUGGGUAAGCCAGAUGAACCUGGUGGGGGCCCAGGGGCACGCCACCAGCCAUGGGCUGCCUGUCUUGAAGUUGCAGCAGCAGAUGGGCGGGGCGCCCUACAAGGUUGGGGCCCAGGUCCUGGAAGGCUUGGGGGUGCCAAAGGCGCAUGCGGCGCAGCAGGCAUCCCCGCAUACGCUGCCUCAAGUGCUGCUGCCCCAUGGACUUGCCCGUGCAACGCCGCAAGCUCUGUCAGCGAAGCUGGCGCACACCCCGCCUCAAGCACUGCCCCGGACACUGGCGCAUGCGGUGCCCGCUGAAGGGAUGCCCCAGAAGCUGGCCCACACAUCGCCUCUGGUGUCGCCACAGGCAUUGGCCCACAUGUCGCCGCAGACAAUGGCGCACAUGUCACAUCAAGAGGUGCCCCGUGGGCUCUCACACACAUUGGCCCAGGGGCUGCCCCAGGCGGUUGCCCUUGCGCACCACCAGGCGCCACCGCAGAGUCUUCCUCAGGCAUUGCCCUGCAGGUUGCAGCAGGUGGUGUGGCAGCCCAGGCAGGUCGGCGCUGUUCAGGCCAUUCAGCGCCCCAAGGAAGUCUACAUGGAGCCUCUUCAGGCGCUCGCAGCCUCCUGUCCUCCCCAUGCUGCUCUUGGGCCCCGCCCCGACCCCGUCCAUCGAAUUGGCCAGAGCGACCCACUGUCGCCGCGCCCAUCGGGGCGCGCCGUACCGCUGCAGGCACCGGCUGCCAAGAGUGCUGCACCUGAACGCAACACUGCGCAGGUGCAAGGGGAGCUUGUGGGGCCGCAGGUGGCUGAUGUGCGGCCAAGCCCUGUGCUGCCACAGGUCAACUGGCAGUCUUUGCCAGAAUCGCUCAGAGAACCUGUGCGGCCACAGGUGGCAGCUGGCCCAGGCAAUGAGGCCACCACGAUCAAUGGGGAGGGUCCUGUUGGGGAGAACGCUGCGACAGCUGCGGGUUCGAGCCCCAUGAAAGUUGUUGAGGAGGCAAAGGAAGUGGGUGGCCAAGCAAACGAUGCAGGAACCGAUGAAGAUGCCUUGUGGGGGGAUGUUCCGUUGAGGCCCAUACCCUGCCAGGCGAUGUUGGGCCUGAAGCCUGGCCGCCGUUUGCAGAUCAAGCCGAAGGAGUGGGCAGGGCAGGUUGUCUGGGCCAGGAUGAGCAGCUUCUGCUGGUGGCCAGCGCAGGUCAUCGACGAGUCCAACCCUUUCAUCCCUGUGGACUCCCGUGCAUGCCCACGCCAUGGGGCGGUGCCCGUGCGCUUCUUUGGCACCUACGACUUCGCCUGGAUCGAGGCACAGAGGAACCUAUCACCCUUCGACCAGGAUUUUGACGAUCGGCGGGCGGAGGGGGAGGGCGCAGGGUUCUUCAAGGGUGUUCAGGAGGCGCUGAUCUUCCAGAAGACUGGGCACUUGCCCAGGGGUUUUGAGGAUGCGAUGAGUCAUGAGGCGCAAACAGAGGUCAGGACCAAGCCCAAGGCCAAGGCCAAGGCCGUCAAGGGCAAGACCACCAAGCGGAAAUCGGACGAACCUGCAGGCGGUGCGGCUGAGCGGCAUCGGAAGGAUGCGCCCAGCGGCACCAUCUGUCGAAAGCUGAAGGUCAUGCGGAGCCUGGCCCUCAGCCCACCAGCCGGCUCCCCCUACGCCAGCCAGGUCGCAAUCAACCCAAACCUCCGGGCGCUGGUGCAGGCAGCCGCGUCCAACGGCACGCAAUAG